AUGUGCACCUUGGUAAGAUACGUAUCUCCGGCAAAUGGUUUAGUAAGAACUGAAUUAUUAGAACUGAUAUCGUUAGAUGCAACUGACUGUUCUGCAGCAAAAAUAUAUAAUGCCUUCAAAAAUUGUUUAACAGCAAAAAAUAUUCCAUUGGCAAAUAUUAUAGGACUAGCAUCUGAUGGUGCAAAUGUCAUGGUUGGGAAAAAUAAUUCAUUUUUUUCCCAUUUGAAAUGUGAUGUUCCUUUUGUAAUAUUAAUGCAAUGUUUGUGUCAUUCAUCAGCUUUAAUAGCUGGGAAAGCUUGCGAAAAACUUCCAAGAGGGCCCGAAGAGUUAAUAAGAAAUAUAGCUACUUACUGUUCUGGCAGUGCAAAACGCUAUGCACAGUUAUGUGAAUUACAGGACUAUUUUCAUGUGGAAAGAAAAAAAAUAUUAAAACUAGCUUCCACCAGAUGGCUUUCAAUGCAACAGUGUGAAUCACGCGUUUUAGAUUGUUGGGAUGUAUUAUUAUACUUUUUCAGAAUUGCUGUUGUGGAAGACAAAUUAUUAGCUGCUCAAAAUAUUCUUGCAGCAAUGGAAAAUAAUUACAAUAAACUGAAUGUUCUUGUUAAUAAUUCUUUGGAGGAUGUUAAUAUAGCAGAUCCAAAUAAUUAUUUGCCUGCUAAAGAUAUGAUUUUGGGAACAGAAUGUGAAAACUAUAUAAAGAACUUUUCAGCUGAAGCCACUGAAUUAGUUAAAAAUAAAUGUUUAGAGUUUUACAUAACAGCGGCUCUAGAAAUAAAAAAAAGAUUGCCAAUUAAUAACCACUUAUUCCAGCAGCUCAAAUCCAAAGGUGGCAUUACAUGUAGCAACAGACGAAUCAGAAAUAAAUUUUGA